UAAGGUGUUUCUUUUCUUCAACUUACCCUGAACAGCGGAACUGUUCGAGUUGUUUCAAGCUGCGGCCAAAAAGAACUCCAGCCGGUAAGAGGUGGCCCUAACCCAGUCUGACCUUAUAGAAGCUUCAGCCGCUUCUUUGCCCCUCCUGCUACCCAAGCUCCAAACCCUAGCUUCCUAGCCUACGCGUCCCCGAGCGAGCAUGGAUCGGAUCGUCGGUAGCAAGUACAAGCUGGGCCGCAAGAUCGGGAGCGGCUCCUUCGGGGAGAUAUAUCUCGCCACGCACGUCGACACGUACGAGAUUGUAGCCGUGAAGAUCGAAAACAGCAAAACCAACCAUCCCCAAUUGUUAUACGAGGCCAAACUGUAUAAUGCUCUUCAGGGAGGGACUGGUAUUGCAAACAUAAAAUGGUGUGGCAUUGAUGGCGAAGAAAAUGUUCUUGUUAUUGAUUUGCUUGGGCCAAGCCUUGAGGAUCUGUUUGUUUAUUGUGGCCGGAGAUUCUCACUGAAGACAGUUUUGAUGUUGGCAGAUCAGAUGAUAACAAGAAUAGAGUUUUUGCAUUCUAAGGGGUACUUGCACAGGGACAUCAAGCCCGACAACUUUCUUAUGGGCCUUGGUCGGAAAGCUAACCAGGUCUACAUCAUUGACUUCGGACUUGCCAAGAGAUACCGUGACUCAACCACGAAUCGCCAUAUACCCUAUAGAGAAAAUAAAAAUUUGACUGGCACAGCUCGCUAUGCAAGUUGCAACACUCAUCUUGGGAUUGAGCAAAGCCGAAGGGAUGAUCUGGAGUCCAUUGGAUAUGUUCUCUUGUAUUUUCUAAGGGGAAGUCUUCCUUGGCAGGGUUUAAAAGCUGCGACAAAGAAGCAGAAAUAUGACAAAAUAAGUGAGAAGAAACUUUCAACACCUAUCGAGGUUUUGUGUAAAACCCAUCCUGUGGAAUUUGCUUCUUAUUUCCACUAUUGCCAUUCAUUGACAUUUGAUCAACGGCCAGACUAUGGUUUUCUGCGACGGCUCUUUAGAGACCUGUCGGACCGUGAAGGGCACCAAUUCGAUCAUGUCUUUGACUGGACAUUGUUGAAGUGUAAGCAAACCCAGAAGGUGAAGGCUCAACAGCAAGAUCCUGGUGUAAGUAGCAGGCCGGUUGCAAAGAAUAUGGACAAACACCAAGUUAGUGGUUUACGUGCAGCUGAAGCUUCUUGUCAGCUUGAAGCAGAACAACGCCCAGUAAUCAGAAUGCAAAUAAGAUCUACUGCUGAGAACAGCCGUUCAAAUAAUCGACAUUCUGAUAAAUUGAGAGUGAGUGCUAGCACUGAUAAGGAAUUGCUGCAAUCAACAUCAUUUGGCCAUGCUGGUGCCCCAAGGAAGAACGUAUCAAUCUCCAAAACACCAUGGCUUGUCGAUCCCAACUCAGGACCUUCAAACCACCUUUAGCACUCAGAUCAGUUAGUUCGUAUGUUCAUGCCGGUCUAUUUAGUAACCAUUGCCCUGGAUGAUAUGGAAGCACUGCAACGACUGCGUCUUCAACGGAGCGCGCCCAUCGGUGAACGCCCUGCUAACGAAGAUCAAGGAAGAGGCCUCCCUUUGGGCAAGCGCAGGCGCACUAGAGCUUAGAGCCAUUACCCCCCGACAUGGGAUGUCCAUUAAUCGAAUAUCUGCCUCCUAGGAGGAAUGUACCUACAACUCUCUUUUCAAUGAAAUGAAAAGAAUGCUCAUGCGUUUUCUUGAAAAUAUAUCUUACAAAGGCUUAUAAAUUGGGCUAUAGAAGCAAUUUUGUGGUUCUAUGAAUAAUGCUGAUGUACACGCACCUGGCAUUUUAUCACUGCAAUUUUUCUUAUU